AUGCCGUCAGCUAGCGCCCCCAAGCGAUCCCGGCGCAUAGCCUUCGACGCCGACGAUCAAGAUGGCCUUGUCGUUGGCGAGGCGAGCUCCAGUCUCCGAGGCGUCAGUCAAGGCAAGAGAGUGCGCCUUUCCGCUGGCCACAAGGCCGGCGGCCCAUCGCGCGUUCGGGAGCAAUCCUAUGAGACUGCAGACGACGACGACGACGACGACGACGACUCGGAGGAAGAGGACGAUCAGCCCAUGCAGGAACCAACACCCGAGCCCGCCCUUCCGGCUGCCUCGCAGUACGAGGUCCAGCGUGACGCCAACUUCGACCACCUGAACCAUGCCGAAGAGGACGACGUGCGCGCCACCCAGCGCCUGAAGAGCCGCCCCCAGCUGAUCGGCGAGAACCAUGCCGCCCUGAACGCCGUCAUCGAGAGCAUCGAGGUCUACAACUUCAUGUGCCAUACCCGCCUCAAGGUCGAGCUUGGCCCCUUGCUGAACUUCAUUGUUGGUGAGAAUGGUAGUGGCAAGAGCGCCAUCUUGACGGCUAUCACUCUGUGCCUUGGUGGCAAGGCCAGCUCGACAAACCGUGGUGGGAGUUUGAAGUCCUUCAUCAAGGAAGGUCGCGAUCAUGGUAACCUUGUCGUCAAGAUCAAGAACCAAGGCUCGGACGCAUACAAGCCCGAUCUUUUCGGGGACUCUAUCAUCGUUGAGCGCCACUUCAACAGGACUGGAAGCAGCGGCUUCAAACUCAAGUCCGCUGCUGGGAAAGUCAUUUCGAACAAGAGGGAUGCGGUCCAGGACGUCGUCGAGUACUAUUGUCUCCAGGUCGAUAACCCUCUCAACGUCUUGUCGCAGGACAACGCGAGGCAGUUCCUCAACUCGGCCACCCCAGCUGUCAAGUAUAGGUACUUUCUACAGGGGACCCAGCUGGAAAAGCUGGAUCAGGAUCUCGCCAUUUUCCAUGAGAUGAUCGACGCCACAGAGGCAAAGCUGAAUGGCUACAGAGACGAUUUCAACCACAUCAAGCGCAGCAUGGAGAAGGCACAGGCAUUGAAGGAGACCUUCGCCAAGACACAAGACAUGCGAAGCAAGAGGAAGAUAUACACGAGACAGCUGGCUUGGGCACAAGUCGUGGAACAGGAAACUAUGUUGCAGGAGAAGGAGAACAACAUCGCCGCCUGCGAUGAGGCGAUUCGGCGUUCCGAUGACAUUGUCCAGCAAGCGGCUGAGAGGUUGGCUAAAUGCGACGAGAUGCUGAGUGCAGCAGCCGAGGCCGCCGAGGAAUUGCGACAAGAAGGGCCUGAUCUGGAGGGCAAAAAGGAGCAGGCAGCCGAAGUCUACAACAAGGCCAAGGAAGCAGUACUAAAGGUUCAUCACGAGGAGCGUGAAGUUCGCGAGCAGAUCAGGGCGGCUGAUGCCGAAGUCAGGGAUUUCAUGGCAAAGAUCACUGACGAGGAGAAGCGGCUCGAGGCAGCCAAUGGCGGCGCUGUUGCUCAACAUCAAAAGGCCCUCGAUGACGCCGAGCAAGCCGUCAAGCGUGCCGAAGAGGAGGUAGAUGACCACGCCAGGAAAGAAACCGAACUGAAGAAGGAGUUCGAGGAGGCCGAGAAGGUCUACCAACAAGCCGGCAGGCCGCUUGAAGCCAAGCGAAAGGAGGUUGACAACGUGGAAACCCGCAUCAGAGAUCUGUCUCAGAGCAAGGGCGACCCUCUAGCCCACUUCAUCCCGCAGACGCGGCAGCUCUCGAAGCUCAUCGCGCAGGACACAGGGUUCUCCCAGAGACCAAUCGGACCGCUUGGACUACACAUACAACUGCUGCGGCCCUCUUGGUCCGCUAUGGUUGAGAAGGUCGUUGGUGACAACCUCGACGCGUACAUCGUAGCAAAUGCGAAGGACCGAGCACGACUGUCCAACCAUUUUGACCGUCUCGGGGUCUCCAAGCAACCCACCAUCUUCAUCAGCCACCCUGGGAGAUCCAUCAAAACGCUAAACGAACCUGAUGAGCGCUUUGACACCAUUCUGAGGGUGUUGAAGUUCGACGACAAUCGCGUCAGGGAUCAGCUGGUGCUCACAAACCAGAUCGAGCAGAUACUGCUCAUCGAAGACCUGGACGACGCUUGGCGCGUCAUGACGGCAGACCAACGCCCAAAGAAUGUGAAGCUCAGCAUAUCUCUCGAUGCCAACAAGCGCAAUGGCCAGGGAGUUUCACUGAAACUCGGCCGAGGCAUUGAUAUUAAUCAAGAACCCGUGUACCCAUCCAACAAGAGGCGCAUGAAGUCCGAUGCAGAGGUGCAGAUCAACCAUCAAAAAGACAUACUGGUCCAAUUACAGUCAGACCUGAAAGAACUGGACUCGUCGAGGAGACUGCUGAAGCAAGCCGCCCAGAAAAGUAGCCAGUCAUUGACGCUGCACAAAUCCCAGGCGAAGAAGCUUGGGCAGGGAGUUAUUCAAGCUCGCCUCCGGGUCGAACAUGCAAUGACAAAGCUGGACGAGUUCGAUGGCGCCGACACGAGGCUACAAAACCUACGCGACGAACUGCGGAGGGCCGAAGACCAGAAGGACCACUAUGGCCGCCAGUUUGGUGAGCUCUCUGUGGGCAGAGAAGGUCUCAACCAAGCCUCUUCUGCAGCCAAGCAGGGCUUGAGUGAAGCAAAGAAAGUCUGCGCUGAUUUUGAAGCUCGAGUGCAGAAGGCACAGCAUAAGAUCGAUCGGCUCAAACAAUCAAGAAGCGGUGUGCUUAUCGAAAUCAACGAAGCCCAUGACAAUCUCGAGGUGGCAAGGGACCAGAAGACAAGGGCAGAGCGAAGUCGGGAUGCCCAACAAGCUCAAGUCGAAGAGUUCAUUGCCCAAGCGUCCCAGGUUUCUCCGGAACGCGUACGUAUACCAGAAGGGGAGACGUACGCCAGCAUUGAGAAAAAGUUCGAGGCCGUCCACAAACAGCUUACGGAGUUUGAGAAAAAACAUAACAAAAGUGGGAAGGACAUCGAGGACGAAGCCGCUGCCACACUUGAGAGAUACGAAAAGGUCAAGAAGGAGAGGAAGAUCUGCGAGGAACUUGUGCACGACAUGAAGCAGGCGCUGCUUCAACGUUUAGCCAAGUACAGACACUUUCAACGGCACAUAUCGGCUGCGGCGCGGGCCAACUUCGAAUACUUGCUCAGCGAACGAGGCUUCCGUGGUAAGUUGCUCCUGGACCAUGUUGGCAAGAGACUUGGCAUCGAGGUCGAGCCAGAUCAGACUAGGGAGAAUGUCUCGGGGCGUAAUACCAAGACGCUUUCGGGUGGUGAAAAGUCGUUCUCCUCCAUCUGCCUGUUGCUUGCUAUCUGGGACGCCAUGGGAUCCCCUCUGCGCUGCCUUGACGAGUUCGACGUUUUCAUGGACAACGUGAACCGUGCAAUCAGCACGAGGAUGUUGGUCCAAGCCGCAAGACGCUCUGUCGGAAAGCAGUUCAUCCUCAUCACGCCAAAUGCCAUCGAGUUCCAAGUGAAGCACGAUAAGGAUGUCAAGAUAAUCAGGCUUCUCGACCCUCGCCAGACACGCUUGACCGACGAUUGA